UCAGUGUGGUGAACAUCAGCCUGUCACUUUCAGCCUAGCACGCAACGAAACAGAUCGACGCUGUGAUACUGAGCAACUCACACUCCCAAAGAUGGCUGACACAAACCAACAAAGUCCUCCUCCCCAGCUAGGGCCUGUGCAAUUUUUAAUGAGCAACAAGCUGGAAACUGCAAUGUGGCUUUCACGACUCUUCACUGUCUACUGCUCUGUAAUGUUUAUUCUACCAAUUUUGGGACCCUAUGCAGCAGCGAACUUCUAUCAGCGAGCCUUGUUAGCGAACGCCCUCACCAGUGCCCUUCGCUUGCAUCAAAGACUUCCACGCUUUCAGCUGAGCAGAGCCUUCCUGGCCCAGGCCCUUCAGGAGGACAGCUGCCAUUACCUGCUGUACUCACUCAUACUGGUCAACUCCUACCCCAUCACAAUGAGCAUCUUCCCGGUCUUCCUCUUCUCCUUGCUACAUGCAACUACCUACACAAAGAAAGUCCUUGAUUCUAUGGGCCCCAGCAGCCUGAUGUUCAUCAGAAACCUCCUGGACAAACUGACAUCCAAUCAGCAGAACAUCCUGAAGUUCAUUGCCUGCAAUGAGAUCUUCUUGAUGCCAGCCACUGUUUUCAUGCUCUUCAGUGGUCAGGGGAGCUUGCUGCUGCCUUUCAUUUACUAUCGAUUCCUCACUCUCCGCUACACGUCCAGAAGAAACCCUUACUGCCGCACCUUGUUCACAGAGCUGCGAAUCCUUCUGGAGCACUUCAUUAUGAAGCCCGCCUGCCCCGUCUUCUUCAGGAGGAUGUGCCUCAGCAGUAUCGCCUUCAUCAGCCGUCUCGCCCCCACGGGGGUCUGAUUACACUGCAUAAAAGUUUUGCUUUCUUUUAUGUUGUGUUUUUCCACCAUUUAGGAUGUGACUUAAACUUUGAUGGGGACAGACAUUGCCAUCAACAGAAGGAACUGUUUUUUGAAUGUCAACUUUGCAGUCUGUGCUCCAACUUCUCUAUUUGAGUACAGUUGAAGAGCAGCCAGUAAUGCACUGAAGUCUCAUGGUGAUAUUUCUUUUCCCAUUUCCUUAAUGUGACCUCAUUCAAGCAGUGGACACCCCUCACGUUCACUGACUGGAGCACAGGUAGACAUCAGCUGUGUUCUCUGUGUAAUGGCUGUUAUUUUCCUCUUGUCCUUAUUUAUUCAUGAAGAUUUCUUAUUCUGUGAUGAAACAUUAACAUUCUGAGAUUAGUAACUUAAAUGAAAAUGCUUAUACAUAAUUAAAAAUGUUCUUUUUUAAAUAAUCCUGUUAUGCUUGGAUGGAUGGAGGAUGGAGUUUGUUUCUUUUUUAUGUGUAUCUGAUGCUCUGAUUUGUCUAAAUGCCUAACUUUCAAUGCCAUCAACUCCCUCUUUUAACAGCAUUCACAAUCUAUGUAGAUAUGAUGUCAAAAUGGGGGUUGAAUUUAGAAUCAAGAUAUCUGCUGUAUUUUAUAGAAUAUUUUAAGGUACCAGACAUUUUGCUGUGGGACUUGCUCAAUGCAUGUCAUGCUUCUGAAUGCAUUAUUGACCUUGUCUCUCAGUUUGAAAACUGUUUUGAACUUGCUCCAUUCACUUGUUGCUUUGUAGUUUUCUUGCUCAGUGCAUGCUGAUUUUUUUUCUUCCAUGUUUAAUGUGUUUAUUUGCCUACAGACAAACCACAUUUUUAUGACAAGAAUAAAAUAAUCUCUUAAUUAAACCAAUAAAAUAUUAAAGAACA